AUGAAGGUGGCGCUGUUGACCGUGCUGGUGGUGGCAGCUGUCUCGGGCCAGUACCCGGCAGCCCCGUCCGCUGCUGGGUACAAGGGUACCCCGUUCGCUGCACCUGUCCGGUACCAGCCACAGGCCGGUCCGGCCCAGUACAGCUACCAGUGGGCUGUGGACGAGGAGGCUAACCGGUACCAGCACCGCGAGAGCCGCCAGGACGUCAGCGCCGAGGGCUCGUACUCGGUGGCGCUGCCGGACGGCCGCGUCCAGACCGUCACCUACACCGUCAACGGAGACGGCGGCUACGUGGCCGAGGUCAGCUACGAGGGCGAGGCGCGCUACCCGGAGACCCAGCCGGGCCGGUACCAGGGCGCCGGCCGCACCGGGAGCUACGCGCCCCGUCCGGCGGCGCCCGCCGCUGCCCGCCCGGCGAGUCGGUACCAGAAGCCCGCCCGGUACCCGGCCCCGGCCAGGUACCCCACCCCGGCCGCCGCCCGGUACCCAGCUCCGGCCAGCACCGCCGCCCCCAGCACUAACCGCGCCUACAAGCCGACCAGCGCCCCCGCCGCACCGCCCAAGACCAGGUACCCCGCCAGCAAGCAGGUCAGCUUUCCCAGCGCGGAGUACGGAGCGCCCCUGACCUCCUACCCUGCCUUCAACCCAGCAAAGACCCCCAGCGAGAAGUACGGAGCUCCCCAGGCAUCCUACCCUGCCUUCAACCCAGCCAGCACCCCGAGCGAAGAAUAUGGAGCACCUCAGACCUCCUACCCUGCUUACAAGACGGUCAGCAUUCCCAGCGAGGAAUACGGAGCACCAGUCUCUAACUAA